GUUGGGGACGCGGCCGGACAACCAAGAAACAGCAACGAAUUUGGUUUUUUUUGCAAUCAUGAAUUCUGAACCGAAUGUGACAAUAAAGAAUAUCGGAAAAAACAGUGUGGAAUUUGUGCUGUCCAACACAGAUCUUUCUCUGGCAAACUCGCUGCGACGCGUAGUUUUAGGAGAAAUUCCUACUGUUGCCAUUGAUUUGGUCGAAAUCUCCGUCAACACGUCUGUGAUGCCAGAUGAAUUUCUUGCACAUCGUCUUGGAAUGAUUCCUUUAAACAGCAACAACAUCGACGAACCUCCACCGGUGGGUCUGGAAUACACGAGAAAUUGUGAUUGUGAUCAGUACUGCAACAAGUGUUCCGUAGAACUGUCAUUAAAUGCAAAAUGUACCGGUGACGGAACAAUGGAAGUGUACGCUCGUGAUCUUGUGGUCGAUUCAAACUCUACACUCGGACAACCCGUGUUAGCAGAUGCAAGAUCUCAUGGACCAUUAAUUCUGAAGCUUCGUAAGGAGCAGGAGGUAUCUUUACGUUGCAUCGCCAAAAAAGGAAUUGCCAAGGAACAUGCAAAAUGGUCGCCAACGGCAGCUGUGUCGUUUGAGUAUGAUCCUUGGAACAAACUUAAGCACACGGAUUAUUGGUUCGAAACCGAUGCUGAUGAAGAAUGGCCGAAGAGCAAAAACGCAGAUUGGGAGGAACCUCCUCGGGAAGGCGAGACAUUUGAUUACAACGCACAGCCUCGGAAAUUCUAUAUGGAAGUAGAAGGUGUAGGAUCCAUUCCGCCUAAUCAAAUCAUCCUUCAAGGCAUUCGAGUUCUCCAAGAAAAGCUCGCUGUGUUAGUUCGUGAUUUGGACGAAGAACAACGGCCUGGCGGAGCCAUGGAUAUGGCAACUGGCAAUAUGUCUCCUGCGAACCAAGCCGAUAAUACCUGGUCUCCCUACAACGAAGGCGGAGAAGGAGACGUUUGGGGACAGGAUGGAGGGUUCUAAGUUCGUUAGCGUCGAGAUAGCAUGUACAUUUUUUUCGCUCUUUUUGGCCGCUUCAUGCAAGAACAAAAAAAAAAAAAGACGCGAAUGCCAAAUAAUUCUUUGAGUGCAGAAAGUACUCUCUCCCACAAAAUCUUCAAGCUAAUUCACUGAGUCCCUCUCUUCCCAAACCCGAACUACUGUCCGACACAACCUGCUGUAUACGCCCCCCUUUUCAAAACGCUCAAAAGGAAUAAAUCUUUUCUUUUUUUACUUAGAGAAAAAAAAAACCAGGAAGAAGCCAAAAAAUAAUUCUCAUCGUAUUCUUUAAAUGAAAGCGUUCCCCUUAAAAAUCGAGAAUUUCAAGUUAUCUACAGUAAAACCUCUAUUCCUAAACAAUGACCAUCCUAUGUGCCAGUCAUUCGUAAUGGAAUGAGAGGGAAUAUGUAAAACUUACUCAAUUCUGGCGAUCUGCGUAGUAUUGUUCGGCCUCUUCAAUUGCCGUAACGUUGGACUUAAGCUUGUUGAUAGUUUCAAUAUACUCAGCUUGCUCGUCCGAGUCGUAUACAAUACCACCACCAGCUUGCAAGUACAGUGUGCCAUUCUUGUAGACCAUAGUACGAAUAGCAAUGCAGGUAUCCAUGACAUCUUCCUUGUAUCCCCAACAGCCGACAGCACCUGCAUAGAUGUGACGCUUCAUACCUUCCAAACCGUAAAUCAGUUGCAUGGCACGAACCUUGGGGGAUCCACUGACAGUUCCAGCGGGGAAGAUGCUACGGAAAGCAUCGAAGCGUGUUUUGUCGGGACGAAGCUUACCUGACACUUGGGACACCAAAUGUUGCACAUGAGAGAACUUCUCAAUGGUCAUCAACUUGUCCACGUUCGUUGUGUCAAGGUCGCAUACCCGACUAAUGUCGUUACGAGCAAGAUCAACAAGCAUAAUGUGUUCAGCACGGUCCUUUACACUUGCCAACAAUUCGUUGGCAAGCUUCUCAUCCUCCUCCUUUGUUUUACCACGAGGAACGGUACCGGCGAUGGGGUGGUUAAUCAUUUUACCAUCCUCAGACUUAACAAGCAGCUCAGGAGAAGCACCGAUGAUAUCAAAAUCAUCACAGUGAAUGAAAAACAUGUAAGGAGAGGGGUUCACGCUGCGGAGAUGACGGUAAAGGUUAAAGGGAUGCAAGUCAGUUUUGCGGGAAAUACGUUGACUGGGCACGGCCUGGAAAAUGUCACCUUGACGGAUGUGUUUCUUUAACGUAGAAACGAAUCCCUUGUAACCCUCCUCACCGACAUUUGACUCGCCCUUGUAGCCAAGGUGCACCUCUUUUUGAACAGGUUCAGGAAUCUUCGGAUCAGCCAACUUGUCCAAGGCCAUUUUAAUCUUGAAACUGGCAGCCUCGUAGGCUUCCUCAACAGGACGACCCAUUCCCAAACACACAUGAGAAAUGAUCUUAAUCUUUUGGUAUGCGUGGUCAAAAGCGACCAAAUCGUCCGUCAUGAAGAACAUGGCCUCCGGCAAUCCCAAAUCAUCCUUCAAGUCAACGUUGGCAACGGUGGUAGGUUCAAAAUACUUGAUGCAGUCGUAGGAAACGUAACCAACAGCACCACCGCAGAAAGCAGGAAGUCCGUCAAUGCUAAUAGUCUUCACUUCUUUCAACUCGCGUUCCAAGCGUUUCAAGGGGUCCGUAACACCGUCAGCAACCACAAUACGGUAAGGACUGUGACCAACAAAACUGUAACGAGAAAUGCUCUCACCUUGAGUGACACUUUCCAAAAUAUAAGCAAAGCGUUUUCCCUCUGCCAACUUCAAGUACGCCAUUGUUGGCGUAAUCAAGUCGGCAGACAUCUCUGCGUAAACAGGAAUACGAGUAGGCUCGUGCUCAUCAGCGAGCUUCUUCACCUCUUCCAAGCUCGGAAAAAUCUUUAUCCAGUAUUAGCAAUCUGAAGGAAAAGAAGCGCCUACAUACCUUCAUAUUGAAAGGAAACCUCUAACAAUGUAGGGAAAAAAUGCAACUACCGACACUCGUUAGUAAACAAAAACCGAACCCUUAAGAUUUGCAUAUUGUUCCCAGAACUCGUCAAAACCCGUCGAAAUCGGUCGGAAAAAAAAACCAAAACUUCAGUAGUUCAAAAAGGAACAACAAACCGUGUAAAUAAUCAGAAACUUACGUGUCAAUUGCACAAAACAGGGCCAAAAAGGACAAUGGGCGUGUGGGAGAGGGUAGAAGGUACGCGGUGGGUGUAUGCCGAGGACUAACGCA